GCGGGCGUGCGCGCGCGCUCUAUAGCUUCUUCUUCCCAGCGCCGUAGUGGAGCCGCACGCGCGACUCUGGAAUCUCCUCCUUCCUUCUUGCCGUCUAACCCCCCACCAUCCCCCCCCCCUCUCCCCUCUUUUCGCACCGCGGUGGGGGAGGAACGCGGACAGGAGGAAAGUAACGCAAAAGAGAGAGAGAGAGAGAGCACGAGAGCACUCCGGGAUGCAAACGUGAGAGUUUUUCGCUUUCUCCAGUCUCACCGAACACGGAAAAGAAGACUUUUCUUUAUCAUUAUUAUUAUCAUUAUUAUUAUUAUUUUUUUUUUUAAUGUAUCUGCGUACUAGUUUUAAAACCGGAUACUUUGAAGCGGAUUUACGAUCAAAGAAGCGGUAAAAGUUUUUUUUUUUCUUUUUUCUCCUCCUCCUCCUUUUCUCUCGCCUUCUCGCGCGGAGAGCAAACCGCGUCCUGAACUCAGAGCAAAAAAGAAAAGAAAAGAGGAAGGAAGAAAAAAAAAAGCACGGGUGGAAUUCUUAGCAGUGGAAAGGUAUAACCUGGCGGCGCGAGACUCCUGUUGGGAAAUCUUAAACCAGUCUCUAAAUCCAAAAACUCUGGAUUUGCGAUAAGAAUUUUCUCUCCCUCUCUCUCUCUCUCCUUCAGUCUCAGCUCUUUUGCUUGAGAGAGUUUCUGAAAACAGAUACACAACGCACUGGUGUUGUGGAGCGGGGUUUUGUUUGUUUAUUUGUUUUUUUGCUUCGAAACCGAAUAGAGAACAAAAAGUAAUACGGAAAUAAGUCACUUCAACUAUUUAUCAACAACGCCGGUGAAGGAAAAAAAAUUAUUACCUUCCAGGGAAAGACCUGAUGUCCUAGCUGUGUGUAUGGAGAGCUACACCAGGCAACGAGCUCUGCUGUAGAGGAGCAUGAUGAAGAACACAAUGAAGGUCAUGCUGCUGCUGUUCUCGGUUCUUCUAACCCAGCCUCUGCAGGGCCACACCAGGCCGGCCAGCCCAGAGCAAGUCGCCCUGUUGGAAACCGCAGUGUACACCCUGUACGAAGGAGAUAAGCUGGAGCUGAAGUGUAGGUGUAAAGAAGAGCCUCAGGAGGUGAGCUGGACCAAGGACCAAGUUUCCCUCGCUGACGGGGAACACACUCGUCUACGCAACGGUCAGCUGGAGAUCGAAGGAGUGGAACUAGCUGACUCAGGCCUUUAUGGCUGCUUCUCCCGAAGCCCUUUAGGCAACCACACGGAGUAUUUUAACGUCAAUGUCACUUGUAAGCAAGACAGCGAUGCCCUGGCUUCAUCUGAAGAUGACGACGACGACGAGUCUUCUUCAGAGGAAACGAAGCAGUCCAGCAGCCAGAAGUUACUCUCUAACAGCCAAGAGCUAUCGCCCACAGCACCGGAGUGGGCUCAUCCUGAUAAGAUGGAGAAGAAGCUCCACGCGGUUCCAGCCAGCAGGACCGUCCGAUUCCGCUGCCCGGCCAACGGUAACCCGACUCCCACGCUCAAGUGGCUGAAGAACGGCAAGGAGUUUAAGAAAGACCAGCGCAUCGGAGGCUUUAAGGUGCGAGAGAGCUUGUGGGCGAUCAUAAUGGACUCGGUGGUGCCCUCAGACAAAGGCAACUACACCUGUGUGGUGGAAAAUAAGUACGGCAGCAUCAACCACACCUAUCAGCUGGACGUUGUUGAACGUUCACCUCACAGGCCCAUCCUCCAAGCCGGUCUGCCUGCUAAUCGAACAGCAGUGGUGGGCAGCGAUGUGGAAUUCGAGUGCAAAGUCUUUAGUGACCCGCAACCACACAUCCAGUGGCUCAAACACAUCGAGGUCAACGGCAGUAAAGUUGGAGAUGACGGUCUGCCCUACGUCAAAGUCUUAAAGCACUCUGGGGUCAACAGCUCGGACACGCAGGUACUGACGCUGUACAACGUGACGGAGGAGGAGAGUGGGGAGUAUAUUUGUAAAGUGUCCAAUUAUAUAGGCCAAGCCAACCAGUCAGCGUGGCUCACCGUCACUAAACACGCCUUAACAGCCUUGCCCCCGACCCCGCUGCCCAGCCAGACCUACCUGGAGGUGCUGAUUUACUGCGUGGGAUUCUUCCUCAUCUGUGUCAUGAUAGUGAUCGCUGUGCUGGUCAAGAUGCACAGCUCAGCCAAGAAGAGCGACUUCAACAGCCAGAUGGCCGUGCACAAGCUGGCCAAGAGCAUCCCACUGCGCAGACAGGUAACAGUGUCUGUGGACUCGAGCUCGUCCAUGCACUCCGGGGUGAUGCUGGUCAGACCUUCACGUCUCUCCUCAAGUGGCUCCCCGAUGCUGUCUGGAGUGUCUGAGUAUGAGCUGCCUCAAGACCCACGCUGGGAGCUGCCUCGAGACAAGCUGGUGCUUGGGAAGCCUCUGGGAGAAGGAUGCUUCGGCCAAGUGGUUAUGGGAGAGGUUCUGGGAAUGGACAAAGACAAACCCAACCGUGUCACCAAAGUGGCUGUCAAGAUGCUCAAAUCUGACGCCACAGAGAAGGACCUGUCCGAUCUGAUCUCUGAAAUGGAGAUGAUGAAAAUAAUCGGCAAGCACAAAAACAUAAUCAACCUGCUGGGGGCCUGCACACAGGAUGGUCCUCUUUAUGUCAUUGUGGAGUACGCCUCAAAAGGGAACCUGCGCGAGUACCUGAGGGCCCGUCGGCCUCCUGGUAUGGAAUAUUGCUACAACCCAGACCAGGUACCCGUUGAGACGGUGUCCAUCAAAGACCUGGUGUCCUGCGCCUACCAGGUGGCUCGCGGCAUGGAGUACCUCGCAUCCAAAAAGUGUAUCCAUAGAGACCUGGCAGCACGUAAUGUUCUCGUGACUGAGGACAAUGUGAUGAAGAUAGCAGACUUUGGCUUGGCCAGAGACAUCCACCAUAUUGAUUACUACAAGAAAACCACCAAUGGCCGGCUGCCAGUAAAAUGGAUGGCUCCAGAGGCAUUGUUUGACCGAAUCUACACCCACCAGAGCGAUGUGUGGUCUUUCGGGGUGCUGCUCUGGGAGAUCUUUACUCUGGGUGGCUCUCCGUAUCCCGGUGUCCCUGUCGAGGAGCUGUUCAAGCUGCUGAAGGAGGGUCACCGUAUGGACCGCCCCUCCACGUGCACCCACGAGCUAUAUAUGAUGAUGAGGGACUGCUGGCAUGCUGCACCAUCUCAGAGACCUACCUUCAAACAGCUUGUGGAAGACCUGGAUCGCACUCUCUCGAUGACGUCGAAUCAGGAAUAUCUGGACCUGUCAGUCAGUCUGGACCAGUACUCUCCCAGUUUCCCAGACACACGCAGCUCCACCUGUUCCUCCGGGGAAGACUCUGUGUUUUCCCACGAGCCCAGCGCUGACGAACCCUGCCUGCCUAAAUUUCCCCCAAAUCCUAACCGCAUGGUGGCGUUCAAAAAGCGCUGAGCACACUUCACUUGCCGUAGCUUGCUUCUGAGCUGGACUUCAUUCAAGGACCGUAGAAGAUAAUGCUUAAAGACAUUUGCAGGCUACAGAGUGCAUGAGGACGUGGAUCAUGUUAAGACUUCACAGCAUUGACUCAUCAUUUCAUUAUUAACAGACCCACUCUAUAGGGCACUUGGGACUGAACUUGUUUUUUUUAGGGGGUGGGGGAUCCAUCUUCCAUCAUCUCUGGACCUAAAAAAGAAGGCGAAGGAAGUGGAAUCGGGACGUAAACGCUGACUGUUACACACAUCGGAUCAUGUUUUUCAUUUCAAAUGAACGAGGAUGUCUCUCUCCGUCGAGAAAGAAUUCCUUCUGAGAACGUACUUAAUCUACAGGACUGUCCAAAAGUAUUCAAACAGACGGAUUGUUACAAUAGCAAAAAGUCAUUUGGUUCAAAUGACUUCCUUGUAAAUACAGUUAGAAAUUUAUAAAUAUGAAUAUAUAUAUUUACACGCUACUUUUAUCUUUAUUACAUUAAUUGAUUUUGUGGCUUUUUUUUUUUGUAUCUCAAUGUCCAGUGGUUCAUGUAGGGGCAUUUCUGGAAGAGGGACAAAGCAUUUGUCCACAUAAAAAAAAAAAUAUAUGCUAAUAUUCUAUGAAUUGAUAGCAGGCCAGUUUUUUUUUUUGUACUGAUUUUGUUGUUGUGUUUUUUUUUUUCCUUUUUGUUGUAUACUCUUAAUGGUGGUAAGCUAAUGUAGCUCGGGGCCGCUGCUAGCUUUUCAAUGGCAUUCACUACAUCCUCAAGACUAGUUAAGCUACGUAAUUAUAGGCUAUUUUAGUAGAAAUCAUUCCCAUGUGUUAACGGCUGCUUCUGUAUUAAAAGUAGCCACAGAAUGGUACUUCUUUUAAUGGUCUUGAGGUUUAUUUAAAAGAAAAAAAACACACACACACACCCCAGAAAUUUGCGAAUUUAAGAUGUGCCUUGGGAACUGUAAGAUGUUUCGAACUUCCAUGUUCCAUGUAACAGAUUGACUGUGUAUAAAAGCAAAAGCCGCCGUUCCCGCCUCGAAGGGGAAGGAAUCGCGGAUCACUUAUGUCACUGUAAAAGCAUUAUGUUAAAUAAAAAGCUAUUGAAAAACGAA